AUGCGCAUGUACGACAUGCCCGAACUCUUUUCAACGGGCGAGGCACCAAUGUCUCAGGACAUUCGAGCCCAUUAUGUCCGCACGCAGGAAUAUACGUCGACGCCAAAGUAUCCUCCCGGGUCCGCGAUCGGCUCUGCGAUGGGGUAUUUUGGCCACGAAAACUAUGAAGAGGACAAUGAUACUGUCGUCGUUGACAAUAAGAUCUUCAACUCAGCCACACAUCAGUUUUGCGAGGGCGACUUCAUUUGCCCUAACUUCUUCAAUCUUGCAAAUCUAGACGGCUUUACGCGUCGCUUCAAAUGUAACCAAUGGUCUUACGAGAUGCGCCGCCAAGCACAGCCGAUCUUUCCAUUUCUAUCCUUAGGCCCUUCAUCUUGCCUCAGAGACCGCGAGUUUCUUUGUUCUCAGGAAUUCACUCUUUUUCUUGCUAUCCGCAACAGCCAGUCUGCUCAAGCUCGUCUGGUGUCCGGAAACAAGGCUGCUGCAGAACUUGGCGUGCAAGCUGACACUAUUGAUGUCCUCGACAACCAAGAGCUGAUAUCCGCUUUCCCCCGCGCCAUUCGUCGCAUCAAUGAUCAUCUCGCGGGUGUGGAUACCGAUGCCUCUGGAAAGACGAUAGAGUCUCAGACUGGCCAACCACCUACCAAGAGAAAGGUCUUCGUCUUUUGCGAAUCCGGCAACGAGCGAUCUGCCGCGGUGGUCAUCGCCUAUAUUAUGGCGAUGCUCAACAUGGAUUCAGGACAAGCCCUUCACUUGACUCAGCAGCACCGGUUUUGUGUCUCGAUCGAGGAUCCACUGAAGCGCAUUCUCUUUGCGUUUGAGUCUAUUCUCUCGGCGAAGCGUGACGUUGAGCGCGCUAGGCGCUUAAAUACCCAGACUGGAGCGGCAACACUUGCUCCUCCACCAGUGCCCCCUGUUCUGCUCUCCAAAAAACGGAGUUUUGCGGACCGUUACGAUGAUGAUAUCGAUAUGGCCGAUGGUGAUAUGGAAGUCGAUAGAGAUGGGGACUUCUUCUCUGAGCGUAAACCCAUUGCUCCCUUCCAGGACCGCGUGGUUUAG